UCCCCAUUCGAGAGAGAGAGAGAGCGCCAUUUUAGAGAGAGAGUGUGUUGAGAGAGAAAAGAACCUAGCAAAAAUCAAUGGGGGUGAUAUGGAUAGUCUGGUUUAGAUAGACUGGAAGAGAAUUUUCUCAGAGAGGGCAUGUAGAGAGAGAAAAAUGAUAGAGUGAUUCUAUGUCUGGUUUAGAGAAAGAGAGAGGGAUUUUUUAGAGAGUAAAGGAGAGAGAGUAUGCAGAGAGAGAGCUUAAUAACAUUAGAUAGCUGUGACAUGGAGAGCGCAAGCUUUUUAGCCUGCUCGAGAGAGAGACUGAGAUAUGCUUCUUAGAGAGAGAGAGAGCUUUGUAGAGAGAGAAAAGGAGAGCGUGUGAGAAAGAGUGGUGUAGAGAGAGAAACUGUCUCAGAAACAAUCAAUGGCAGCUGCUGCUCUACCUUCUAUUCCUGCGCCCAAAACCAAAAUUUUGCAUCACAACAGAAUAAAGAAUUUGGGUUUAUUGUUCCCUGUAAAUAUGUCAAACUCCUGUAAUUCGAACAAGAGGAGGAGCAUUUCUUGUUGUUGUCCAGCCAUGGCGGCCAAAUCAUCGAAUGCAGCAGUUGCAGAAGAAGAAGACAGAGAAAAAUAUGAAGAGGCGAUGAGCACAGAUGCUUUGCAUCGAUUUAUAAAUCUAAAUCUUGGUGACUGGAAUGGUUCCUUCUAUCAAUUUGAUGCUCAUGGAAAUAUGAUGCAAAAUGUGACUACAAAGUUGGCUGUUAGUUCUUAUGGUGAAGAUGAACUUAUAAGCCUCAUUCAGACGCUAUAUAUAAAGCAGCCUCCUUCAAGAACUUCAAUAUCUGGUUAUGAUCAGGAGCCUGAAUGGGCGGAGUACAAAAUUAAGGAAACCAAUAUGUUUACUGUGGACAAAUAUCAGCAGAUUGGCUUCUUCCCUCAAGAAAAGGCCUUCUCUUUGCGCUACCAAACAGCAGGAAUGCUGGAAACUGUUUUGCGAGCUGGAGUGCUUGGGGAGGAUGACAUCGGUGAAGAGUCCCCCAAAAACUUGAAGCUUCCAUGUCGUCAUCCUUCUGUUGUUUGCGAGAAUUGCCUGUAUUUGCAGAAGACAGAUGUUCGUGCAAGAGCAUUCCACAUCAUGGAUCCCAAGGGGGUCCUUGAAAUGUUUCUCAUUUUUCUUGAGCAAAGAGGAGACAAGGCGCCCUGUCUCUCUUCCUUUGACGUUUUCAUGGACAAUGAUUCAAGCAGGUUAGACGCAUGGCUUGGUCAAUGGAAAGGUCAUUCUAUAACGAAAAGAAGUGGUGUUUAUGGAGCAACAAUUGCAAAAGCUGACACGAAUGCCAUUCUUGAAAUGAAGAACAAAGGACAGUUAAUCCAGGAUAUCACUUCAACAUCUGAAGGCGGUGUCUCUACAAAUGUGCAUUGGACUGGCACAAUGUCGGGAAAUCUCAUUAGCUUCGAUGGGGGCUUCCAAAUGACCUUACUCCCCGGAGGCAUGUAUUUAGCAUGCCCUUCAAAUGUGGGUAAGAGUGUGGCUCAAUCUCAAUCUUUUCAUUUAGAGUUCUGUUGGAUGGUGUCUCCAUUUGAGAGACACAGGCUUGUGCGAACAUACGAUGUCGAGGGUUUGGCAGUAUCGACUACGUACGUCUUCGAGACUAAACAGUGAAGAUAUUCUCUCAGUGUAUGUAUCAUUUGCUUUUCCUUAUUGUAUUGAAUGUGCAGUUAACAACAAGAAGAAAAUAUUUAUGUUCUCUCUAUGCAUGUAUUAUUUGCUUGUGCAUAAUAUGUCAAAUUUGCAUUUUA